AUGGAGUUAUUCAACAACAAGCUAGAUUUGUUUGUUGCAGUGGUAGUGAGUGUUGAUGUUUGUGGUUUGGUGUAUUGGUUGAUGAAGAAUGCAAAUGAAUUGUAUUACUGUUUGCGGAAGAAGAAUUUGCCUCCAGGAGACAUGGGAUGGCCUCUCAUUGGAAACACACUGUCCUUCUCAAGAGCCUUCAAUUCUGCUAAUCCUGAAUCCUUCCUUGAGAACUUGGUUUCAAGGUAUGUGCGUGUAUGGAAGAAUGGGUGUAUACAAGACUCAUUUGCUUGGGAAACCAUUGAUCAUGGACUCAUGGUUACUCUGCCUGAAUUGAACAAGGCAGUCCUAACAGAUGAUAAAAAUUUCGUACUCUCUUAUCCAGGUCUGCCUGAAAUUCUCGGGAAGAGGUCAUUAGCUACUAUUCACGGAGCCGAGCACAAGCAUUUACAUAGGCUAACAACUGCUCCGAUCAAUGGCAAUGAGGCGCUAUCCAUGUAUGUCGAGCUUAUCGAGGAUGUUGUGACGGCUUCAUUCGAUGGAUGGGCGAGCAUGAACAAACCCAUCGAGCUUCUGGUUGAAUUAAAGCGUGCAACAUUCAAGGUCGUAACAUACAUCUUCUUUGGAGGCGGAGGUUAUUCCAAUGUUGCACCAUUGACACAGUUGUUUAGUGAUCUCGCCGGAGGAAUCUUCUCCAGGCCUAUUAAUCUCCCCGGCUUUGCGUAUAAUAAAGCUCUAAAGGCACGUAGAAGGAUGGUGGAGAUUGUUAAUGGUGCUAUUGAAGAGAGAAAAAUUGAAAACAAAAGUGGUGUGGACUUCUCCAAGGAAAAGAAAAGCAUGUUAGAUUUAUUGUUGGAAGUGGAAGAUGAAGAUGGUGAUAAAAUGGACAAUAUUACCAUCAUUGACUUACUAGGUUCAUUGGUGUUUGGAGGCCAUGAAGCUUGA